AUGUUUACACUGGUUGGAUUGGGUCUUGGCGAUGCCAGCGACAUCACGCUAAAAGGUCUUAGAGCUGUGCGUGAGGCGGACAUUGUAUAUUUGGAGGCUUACACAUCUUUUCUCAUCAAUAGUUCUGUGGAGGAGCUCGCUAGUGUUUACGACAGACCCGUUUUGGUUGCUGACAGAGAGAUGGUAGAGAGUGGGGAGCUGCUGCAGGAUGCUUUGGAGAAAAAUGUCGUGUUGCUUGUUGUUGGGGACGUAUUUGGAGCUACGACGCACUCCGAUUUGGUGGUGCGGUGUCAUGAGCAGCGUAUUACUUGCCGAGCCAUCCACAACGCUUCCAUCAUUAAUGCUGUGGGUUGCUGUGGGCUGCAACUCUAUCGCUUUGGUCAAGUACUUUCGCUUUGCUUCUGGACAAACUCAUGGCACCCAGACUCAUGGUACGACAGGCUCAAGGCUAACAGAGAGAUGGGGCUCCACACCUUGGUGCUACUUGACAUCAAAGUCAAGGAGAUCUCUGACGAAAAUCUGGCGCGUGGGCGCAAGGUGUAUGAGCCAUCACGCUAUAUGCGCAUCACAGAAGCCAUUGAUCAGAUAUUGGAGGUUGAGCAACAGAAAAAGGGAGGUGCGGUAGCGGCAGAUGGAAGCACUGUGGCCAUUGGUCUGGCACGUGUGGGUUCAACGACACAGCAAGUUGUCGCUGCAACAAUGCGAGAGCUAAGAGCAGUUGAUUUUGGUGAUCCACUUCAUUCAUUGAUCAUCGCAGGGGAUAUUCACGCCUGUGAGAUGGAGCAUGUUGACAUCUUUCGUUUAAACUAA